AUGAACACGGCCCAGUUUGCCGGUGCAUUUCUUGCGGGCCUCAUUAUUCCGCAGAGAGCUGGCCAUGCUUCGGUGGCCAUCUUUGGUGCAGUGGGAGUGUUAAUCGGUCUUGCCUCGCUGUCCAUGAUCAAAAAUCCUUUUGCGGCCUAUCCAGCAGCGAUCUUGGCAGGUUUAUGCUUGGGCUCCUCCAAUUUGGCUGGCAUUGUUGCUCUGAAUGCUGCAGUCCCUGCGAAGAAACGAGCCACUUUCGUGGGCUUUGCAACCUGCGGCACAAGCGUGGGCACCAUUCUCCUGCCACAGUUCUAUACUUUGCUUACAGAAUCCAUCGGCUGGCGAUGGGUCAUGCGGAUCACUGCUGCCGUCUCUUGCGUUUUCCUGGCGGCUGCUGCACCCUUUUUUACCGUAGAGGGUGCAUCUCCUAGGAGUCUGCUUUCCGAUCGUCCUACUUCGGGAAACCGGGGAGCAGAGCCAGUAGAGCCAACAGAGCUGGGCAUUCAGGACGUGGUGCAAGAUCCGCGAUUUCUUUGCUGGUGGCUGGACAUGCUUGUAUGUUUCUUCGGCUACUUUAUUCCUGCGACAUUGCUGGCUGAGUUUGCAAAGAAAGAACUACAGCUGUCCCCGAAUCUGGCAGCCCUUUGCUACUCUUUAGUUGGAGUGAGCGCGCUCAUUGGCAAGCUUUCCUCGGGAUGUCUGACUCACUUUUUUGGAGGUCCCCGACGCCUGUUUUUCGCCUCCCAAGUUCUGGUCGGUGCAGUUGGAUGCUGUUUGCCUUUUUGCUGGAAUGCGGCAUCAUUGCUUGUUUGGAGCGCAGUCUAUGGCUGUGGCAUUGGUCCAGUCAUUGCAAUGAUCAGCGUUGUGCUGAGCGACCUCUUUGGAACGAAGGAUUUGGCGCUCUACCAUGGCGUCUCACGCACUGCCGAGGGAGCUAGAAACCUGAUAGGCAUUCCACUGUUAAGUCUGCUGGCAGAGAAGCAGGGCUUCACUAUUGCGCUAGUUUUGUCAGGCGCCUUGGUGAGUUUCAGCACUGUCUUCCUGAUCCUGUUGGAGCUGGUACAAAGACGCCUGGCGCAACGACUUCCAAGCGCCGAGGAAAGCAGAUGCUGA